CAAAUCUUGAACAUCAUCUUAGCAUUAUCCAUGCCUAGAAAGAACCGGAUCCCGGCCAAUGCGAUUCAGAAUCGCGAUAACCAGCGUCGCUCACGUGCGCGGCGUCGGCAAUUUAUUGAAGAGCUUCAACAGCGGCUCCAGGAUUACGAACGUCGGGGCGUUCAGGCCAGUAUUGAGAUGCAGCGGGUGGCUCAGGCCGUCGUAUGGGAGAAUAAAAGUCUCCGUGGCCUACUCCAUCUCCGAGGGGUUUCGCAAUACGAUAUUGAUGAUCACCUCUCGCUGGUGGGGUCUGUCGGCACUGAGCCAAAUCUAGACCUUCGGAAUUCUCUGCAGAGAGGCAGUGAUCCACCUUCACCUUGCGGACAACGAUAUAGUGCGAUGGAGCAGCCAUCUACCGACACGUUACACACAAUCGCGACCUAUCCUCAGGACAUAGACGAUAUUCCUUCGCCUCCAAGCACACCCCUCUUGAAUCCCCCUUCGUCUAUACCAAGUUGCGGACUGGCAACUUCAGCUCCUGCUAGGUCUACUCCGUCAGCAGAUAUGGCAGAGACAGAUUGCGUCGCCACCAAUAACCGCGACCACGAGAAGGGUGGUUCCUACGAUUCAUACACCGCUCAACUCCCAGAUCGUACGAGCAUCUCGUUCAUUUGCAAUGACAACUUCCCUGAUCCGGGUAGCCGUACAGACAUACUCCCACCAGUAACGGACUGCUUUUGCCCACCUGACUCGCCCAUUUCCAUCUCAGGCCACUGGAACAGAGGACUGUCUUGCAAGACGGCAAUUGAUAUUAUUGCCGGGCUGCAGAUCAAUGUAGAUUCGGACCAGGUCCGUGGUUUGUUGCACUGUAAAGAAUCAGAUGACUGUCUUGUUCAAAAUUCCAGCGUGUUCCAAAUAUUGGAUAAGAUGGCUUAAUUAAAUCGUUGUUCCUCUGUCAGAAGCAGGUCGAAACUGAAGUUGGAAACACCCUGUGCUUAGAUGCGAAGCGAUGCAGAGAGGGUGAUUCCGUGUCAUCUAUAAGCAAGCAUAGCCCUGAUAUCGUUCAAUCGUUGUACUAUAGCUUCAUAGAGCCAAACAUGACAUCCCAGUUGUGUUCAUGGGUUCGGAGUAAAAGGUAAUAAUCAC